AUGCCUCGAAUCGUCAAGCUUGUCGGGUCAGGCAUCGGCCUUGUCUCUGAAGCUAUCCACAGUCACCGCAAUCGCCCUGAAUCCGGCUCAUCGUCUGCCGUCGAUCCUAACCAAGGCUCAUCAUCUACCUCAGAUCCUAACCACGGUUCAUCCUCAGCCCAGUUUGGCCCCAGCAAUCGACAAGAGUUUGUCAGCCCCGAUCAAGCUGUCGUGAACCCUCCCCCCAAGUACACCGAGAACAGCGGUGAUGAAGAUGAUGACCAUUCCGCCGACGAGCUCGCUGCCGACGAGGCCGCCUGGGAGCUUGACGAGAUGACAGAUCGCAUGGCACCGCCGUCGUACGAGGAUUCUGAAGCAGCUCAAAUGCCAUCCGCAGACGAUUCGGAAGAGGUAAAAGCUGAAAAGCAGGACGAAUUGGUCCGCAAACUUGUGCAGAUGGCCGGUCCGCCGCCUGUGCCAACGCAGCGACUUCCAUACCCCGUUAUUCUCCCGCAACGGCGGCCACGUAACAAGAGUCGUGGAUAUGUGAGAGCCUAUGCGCCGGUGCUGCAGAGUUGCGGGAUCAGUCAAGACGUUUUCCUGAAAUUUCUUUCUGACUGGGAAGCGGCAAGCAAGUCUGACCCUUGGAUUGAUGCCGUAUUAAUUGCCGCCAACGUCGUCGGCUUUGUACCCGAACUGGCUGCUCAAAUUAUCUCGGCCGUCAUCAACGUCGCUGCCGGUACAGCCCAAGAACUGCAAUCUCGCCACCGCCGCAACACGUUUCUCGACCGUGUCAACCAGGAUCUCUUGAUGCCUCGCGGGCUCUUCGCCAUGGUCAUGGCCUUCAAGGACGAGCUCCCCGGCCAGCAACAAGGAGGCCCACUGACCCGUCUGUCCGGCUCGAUCGGUGCCGCCUUCUUCAAGUCCGAGAGGCUCAACAUCGACCAGACAGCCGCCAAGUAUAGCAAUCCUGACCCCGGCGUAUCGGGCGUGCAGAAGCAGCUGCAGAAUGCUGCGCCCUUGGUGUACCCAGACCUUGACAAGGUUGUUGAGAGAGACAUUGACGCCGCGACAAAGGGCAACGAGUCGACAAUGUCAAACAUGAAAAACAAGUGGAAGGGUGCAGGCGAGUUCGUGCAGGACUACUUCGACCGCAAGGCCCAGGCUGCCUAUGAAUCCGAAAACCAGGAUUCUUCGCUCGCAGUGCCCUCAUCCGCUCGUCAGCCCUUCCAAUCGCGCUACUCAGACCCGAACCACCCCGCCAACAGCGGCUCCCUCAUUUCUCUCAUCACCGGCGGCGCCAUCAACCCCAUGGAGCGCAGGCAGAAGAUGAGAACGGCAAUGUCGGAGAGGAGAAACGCGAGGAGAGCAGCCCAUGGCAGAGCACCAUGGCCGCCUCGAAGAGGUAUGGGGUCAAGAGGUCAGAGGAAAGGUCCUAUUAGGAAACUGCUCCAGCCCAAUGUUCUGUACCUGAUUGUGGUGAACUUGCCUUCGGAGACAGAGGUGCAGCAGUCUGUGAACCAGCUGGAGCAGGCUAUGGCUCAGCAGGGUCUUACGAGCUGA